UUGACACAGUAACCAGUAAGAUUGAGUUGACAUUCUAUCCUGAGUAAAAACUCACCCAGAAUACACAAAAUCUCCAUAGAAAAGACACCAAAGAGUUUAGAUACAGCUUCAAACCACCAUGGAUAACUCCAAUUACACCUACUUCUCUGUAAUUUCAGCAACUCUAGUAAUAAUUUUUUCCCUGUACAUCAUCAAUAUUUUGUUCCGCCGAAGAUUGUCGAAAAACAAUGAUAAGAUGAUGAAGAAGAAGAGAUAUCAUCCGAUUGCAGGCACUACGAUUAAUCAGAUUCUCAACUUCAAUACAAUAUAUCACUAUCUGACAGAUCUUGCCACCAAAUACAAAACAUUUAGAUUCGUCACUCCAUUUCAGAGCCAGAUUUACACUUCUGAUCCUGCAAAUGUUGAAUACAUCCUCAAAACUAACUUUCAAAACUACGGCAAGGGAUCGUACAACUACAACAAUUUGAAAGAUCUUCUUGGGGACGGAAUCUUCGCAGUAGAUGGUGAUAAGUGGCGGCAUCAGAGGAAGAUAUCCAGCUAUGAGUUCUCUACUAGAGUAUUGAGAGACUUCAGCAGUGUUGUCUUCCAAAAGAAUGCAGCAAAAAUUGCUCGAGUAAUUUCCGACAAUGCCAAUGCUAACCUGUCAAUGGAUAUCCAAGAUUUGUUUAUGAAAUCGACAUUGGAUUCGAUUUUUCAAGUCGCAUUCGGGAUUGAGCUAGAUAGCAUGUGUGGCUCAAGUGAAGAAGGAGCAUUGUUUGCUAAUGCGUUCGAUGAUUCAAGCGCGGCGACUUCGUGGCGUUAUAUUGAUAUCUCAUGGGCGAUAAAGAGAUUUCUAAAUAUCGGAUCUGAAUCAAGGCUAAAGAAGAAUAUAAAAGUGAUUGAUGGGUUUGUCUAUAAACUAAUUCGUACCAAGAUGGAGCUGAUUUCAAAUUCGCCGAAUGAUUCUUCUAUUAAGAAGCAUGAUAUACUAUCGAGGUUUCUAGAAUCAAACGUAACAGACCCGAAGUAUCUAAGAGACAUAAUUCUCAAUUUUGUCAUUGCUGGCAAAGAUACAACAGCUGCCACUCUUUCUUGGUUCCUAUACAUGCUCUGCCAGCACCCAGACAUUCAAGAUAAGGUUGCACAAGAGGUGAGGGAAGCAACUAAAGUGAAAAAUAGCAUCUCAUUUGAAGAGUUUGCAACCAUGGUGACUGAAGAAGCCUUAGAAAAGAUGCAGUACCUCCAUGCAGCUCUAACUGAAACUUUAAGGCUCUACCCUGCAGUUCCUCUGGAUCCAAAAAUUUGUUUUUCAGAUGAUACAUUGCCUGAUGGAUUUGAUGUCAAGAAAGGAGAUAUGGUAGCCUAUAUGCCAUAUGCAAUGGGAAGAAUGCAAUUUAUAUGGGGAGAUGAUGCAGAAGUCUUCCGUCCAGAAAGAUGGCUCAACGAAGAAGGGGUUUUCCAAAAUGAGAGCCCUUUUAAGUUCACAGCCUUUCAGGCAGGGCCUCGUAUUUGUUUGGGGAAAGAGUUUGCCUAUAGGCAGAUGAAGAUCUUUUCUGCUGUUUUGCUAAGAUACUUCACGUUCAAGUUGACUGAUCAAACAAAAGGGGUCAACUACAGAACCAUGAUAAAUCUACACAUCGAUGGUGGCCUCCAUCUUCAAGCUUUUCACAGAAUUGGAUAAAAAAGUGAUCUAGAUAGAGAUGCUUAAAUCUGCCCUAAAAGUGUAUUCACUGUCAAAAGUAAGUUGAUCUAAAGCCACCGGCUAGCCUUAUGUAUAUAACACUAGUGAUCAAAACAUGCUUUGAUGUCCAAAUGCUACUUUUAGUUGUGCUGUUAUAUAGUAAGUGUGUAUAUUGUACUUGAUAGGAGAAUAUUUGAUUACUCUUCCUUUAGAUUAA